UUUGGUGGCGCUGUGCGCAAAGCUCCAGCGCCGGACUGGACGCAGUUUUGACGGUCCAGAACGCUGGUGGAGAUUUCUAAAGGAGCAAGAAGGUGGGGGAGGGAAAAAAAGACAGCCAAAUAUGGAUAUUUAAAUAAUGCCUGACAGUGUUUUUAUUUUUGAUUUUUCUUAGGAUGAUUUCUCUCCUUCCAUGUAGAUGUUGCCCCGCGGGCUGUUGAAGGCGAAGCCGCUGCUUCAAAUGUCUCCAAUCAGUUUGUAAGGGACACAAGAUGAGGAUUUCUUCUGGCCGCUGCUUUUUGUUGAUAUUUGGGUGCUUGUGGGGACUGGCGCUGGCUGCUUUCCCCAGCAGCGUCCAAAUCGGCGGCUUGUUCAUCCGAAACACGGAUCAGGAGUACACUGCCUUUCGCUUGGCCAUCUUUCUGCACAACACCAGCCCCAAUGCCUCCGAAGCGCCCUUCAACCUGGUGCCUCACGUGGACAACAUCGAGACGGCAAACAGCUUCGCCGUCACCAACGCCUUUUGCUCCCAGUACUCCCGAGGUGUCUUCGCCAUCUUCGGCCUCUACGACAAGCGCUCUGUCCACACGUUGACGUCCUUCUGCAGCGCGCUGCACAUCUCCCUCAUCACGCCCAGCUUCCCCACCGAGGGCGAGAGCCAGUUCACCCUGCAACUCCGGCCGUCCAUCCGCGGGGCGCUCUUGUCCUUGUUGGACCACUACGACUGGAACAAGUUUGUCUUUCUCUACGACACUGAUCGGGGCUACGCCAUCUUGCAGGCCAUCAUGGAGAGGGCGGGGCAAAACAACUGGCAGGUGAGCGCCAUCUGCGUGGAAAACUUCAACGACGCCAACUACCGACGACUCCUGGAAGACCUGGACCGGCGGCAGGAGAAGAAGUUUGUGAUCGACCUGGAGGCCGAGAGGCUGCAGAACAUGCUGGAACAGAUUGUCAGCGUGGGAAAACACGUCAAAGGCUACCACUACAUCAUGGCCAACCUGGGUUUCAAGGACAUCAAUCUGGAGCGCUUCAUGCAUGGCGGCGCCAACGUGACGGGUUUCCAGCUGGUGGACUUCAGCAAUCCCAUGGUUAUCAAAUUGAUGCAGCGCUGGAACAAGCUGGAUCAAAGAGAGUACCCGGGAUCUGAUGCGCCGCCUAAGUACACUUCGGCGUUGACGUACGACGGCGUGAUGGUGAUGGCCGAGGCGUUCAGGAACCUGCGCAGGCAAAAGGUGGACAUUUCCCGCCGGGGGAACGCCGGCGAUUGCCUGGCCAACCCCGCCGCCCCGUGGAACCAGGGCAUAGAUAUGGAGCGUACUCUCAAACAGGUGCGGCUGCAGGGAUUAACAGGUAAUGUCCAGUUUGACCACUAUGGCCGCAGGGUCAACUACACGAUGGACGUGUUUGAGCUGAAGAAUAAUGGACCCAGACGGAUCGGCUACUGGAACGACGGCGACAAACUGGUGCUGAUCCAGGACUCGCCGCUCCUCCCCAACGACACGUCUGGCAUGGAGAACCGCACGGUGGUGGUCACCACCAUCAUGGAGGGUCCCUACGUGAUGCUCAAGAAGAACUGGGAGAUGUACGAAGGCAACGACCAGUACGAAGGCUACUGCGUGGACCUGGCCUCCGAAAUUGCCAAACACAUCGGCAUCAAGUACAAGAUCUCCAUCGUGCCCGACGGCAAGUACGGCGCCCGGGACCCGGAGACUAAGAUCUGGAACGGCAUGGUCGGGGAGCUGGUGUACGGGAAAGCGGAAAUCGCUGUGGCCCCUUUGACAAUCACGUUGGUCCGGGAGGAGGUGAUCGACUUCUCCAAGCCCUUCAUGUCUCUGGGCAUUUCCAUCAUGAUCAAAAAGCCCCAAAAAUCAAAACCGGGGGUCUUCUCCUUCCUGGACCCGUUGGCCUACGAGAUCUGGAUGUGCAUCGUGUUCGCCUACAUCGGCGUGAGCGUGGUGCUCUUCCUGGUCAGCCGCUUCAGCCCGUACGAGUGGCACACCGAGGAGCCCGAAGAGGGCACCGACGGUCCGCCUAGCGACCAGCCCCCCAAUGAGUUUGGCAUCUUCAACUCCCUCUGGUUCUCCCUGGGCGCCUUCAUGCAACAGGGCUGCGACAUCUCGCCCAGGUCGUUAUCCGGUCGCAUCGUGGGCGGGGUGUGGUGGUUCUUCACUCUCAUCAUCAUCUCGUCUUACACGGCCAACCUGGCUGCUUUCCUCACUGUGGAGAGGAUGGUGUCACCCAUCGAGAGCGCCGAGGACCUGGCCAAGCAGACGGACAUCGCCUACGGCACUUUGGACUCGGGCUCCACCAAGGAGUUCUUCAGGCGCUCCAAAAUCGCCGUCUACGAGAAGAUGUGGGGCUACAUGAAGUCGGCCGAGCCCACCGUCUUCACCAAGACCACGGCGGAAGGUGUUGCGCGCGUGCGCAAGUCCAAGGGGAAGUACGCCUUCCUGCUGGAGUCCACUAUGAACGAGUACACGGAGCAGCGCAAGCCCUGCGACACCAUGAAAGUGGGCGGGAACCUGGACUCCAAAGGCUACGGCGUAGCCACGCCCAAGGGUUCACAGUUAAGAACGCCGGUAAACCUUGCCGUAUUGAAACUGAGCGAAGCGGGCGUCUUAGACAAACUGAAAAACAAAUGGUGGUACGAUAAAGGGGAGUGCGGACCCAAGGACUCGGGAAGUAAGGACAAAUCAUCGCAGGCCCUCAGCCUGAGCAACGUAGCAGGGGUCUUCUACAUCCUGGUUGGGGGCCUGGGCCUGGCCAUGCUGGUGGCCCUCAUCGAGUUCUGCUACAAGUCCCGCAACGAGGCCAAGAGAAUGAAGCUGACAUUUACCGAAGCCAUGAGGAACAAGGCCCGCCUGUCCAUCACAGGCAGCGUAGGCGAGAACGGCCGCGUGCUGACGCCCGACUGCCCCAAGGCCGUCCAUGCCGGGCCACCCCUCCGCCAGAGCUCGGGCCUCGCCCUCGUCUCCUCGGAGCUCCCGUGAAAGCCAAAAACCUCUUAAGUGCCUUAAAUUUCCAGGAGCGGGGUGCCUCACGACCACCCGGGAACACUGUUCGAGGUUUUUGCUUCAAACAAGCAGCAACACUGUUUCAAUCCCAAUGGGGCCCAGAUGCACUUCAGGGUGGGGACACCUGGGAUAUGAUAUCAUUAUGAAUAAAGAAAACUGCUUUUUGGAUCGUUUUACCAGGACAAGCCGUUCCAAGUACUCGAUAUCAACAAGUGGGAAACGGUGCCCAAUUUCAGAUUUGUAUCCAUAGUACAAAUAAUAAAAAAAACUAUUGAUAAUGAAUAUAGGAAACUGUGAACAUACAAUGUAUAUUGAGUUAGGUGUACAUAAGCUUGCUUGCUUUUUAAACCAUGUACAAAAGAUUGUGUAGUGUCCACAUUUGUUUUUUUUUUUUCUAAUGGCAAUAAUGACAAAAAGGUAGCUGCCUCAUGUUAAUUGAUCCAUUUCAAAGAGGAAUGUCCACCCCCCUUCUCCUUAAACCCACACUGUGUAGAAUUAAAAAAAAAAAAGAACAAAGAACCUGUGGGGUGGGAAUA